AUGCUUACAAUCUACAAGGACUUGGAUCUCGAGAUCCCCGAGAACGUGACGGUUGAGCUCCAGUCUCGUAUCGUGAAGGUCAAAGGCCCUCGCGGUGAGCUUGUCAAGAACUUCCGUCACAUGGCCAUGGACUUCCGUCUUGUUAAGGGCCCGAAGGGCUCCAAGCUCAAGUUCAUUGUCUGGCACGCCGGCCGCAAGCACCUUGCUUGUCUUCGUACCGCCAAGGCAGCAGUUGUCAACAUGUUCAAGGGUGUGACGGUUGGCUUCCAGUACAAGAUGCGUGCAGUGUACGCACACUUCCCCAUCAACCUGAUCAUCGCUGGCGACAGCCGCAGCGUCGAGAUUCGCAACUUCUUGGGUGAGAAGCGCGUUCGGAAGGUUCAGAUGGCCGAGGGUGUCACGAUCAAGGACGAUAAGGCGCAGAAGGACCAGGUCCUUGUUGAGGGUAAUGACAUUAAUGCCGUCUCGCAAAGCGCUGCCAUGCUUCACGGCGUGACGCUUGUUCGGGACAAGGAUAUCCGUAAGUUCCUCGACGGUAUCUACUGCACUGCCAAGACGUCGAUUGAGCAGGUGGAAGCAUAA